GAGCUCAUGCAAUAAUAGUUUGCUCGAUGUGAGAGCGAAGUGUAAGAAAUCGAGCACGCGUUAUCGCUGCAGCAGCUCACACCGUGUCGCACUAAAAAAUCACGAGUUUUCAUUUGUAGUUGGAGCCAGAGUUUCUUAUUUUUUCGCAUUUCUUUCUGGCAUUCUCGUUCUUUGAUUAGUAAUAUUUUUUAGUUUGUGAGUGAUUCGACAGCGGGCUCGUUGAAACAAGGAAAAAUGAGACGCGCAAUCGCGCUCCUCCUACUUGUGGUCUGCGUCGGGUUCAAGGUGGCCUUCGGUCAAGGAGUUUUAGGGCAGGACUUCACCAAAAAUCUUCUUGCGAACAUCAACCAACUGACUGCUGGUAUUCAAAAUAAUGUUCAGCAGACGGUUCAUCAAAUCCAGGAAAAUGUUCAGGCACACUUGGCACAAAUUGAUCGCGUCAAUAAAGAUAUGGCAGCAAAACUCGGAAAAGAUGGCCAAUAUACAACGACUCUCGGGAACGGAUCAACUAUUUUAAUCAACGGGGUCGGUGGAGUAUCACGAACAAUUUUCUCCGGUCAAACCUCGAAUGGUGAACCCUAUUUUCGUGACAGCGAAGACCGCGUCGUUGGUAACAUUCUUCAUCAUACCGAUAGAAUUUAUAAUCCAACCACCCGAUCGAUGGACGAAUUCAGAUAUACUCUUGACCUUAAGGACCCCAAAGCGAAGCCUGUACCAGCUUAAAGAAAUAUUUCACAAUGGAUUGUAAGCUCAAAUGGCAAUUCUCCUCGCAAAUUGUAGAACGAAAUGUCGAUUCGCUUUUUUUUUUAGCACCAAACGUAUGUUAUUCAACGUACUUCUGUAACGAUGAAAAUUUUGGGGCUACCAAUUUGUACAUUUUCCAACAACAAGUCAUUUUUAUUCAGAACGAAAAACAUCGAGUGAGUGACAUAUC